GGGAGGUUGAGCAGUUUUUUGUUGUUGUUUUCACAGCAGUCUCUCAAGUCCUGAGUGUGGUUCUAGAGAGAUGUGAUGGCAUGAUGGGUACCCAAGUCUGUGAGCCUCCAUUGGGUGUUUGCCCUUGGGCCAGUGGCACAGCCUCCCCUGCCUCUGAGCCUCCUAGCUUGGUGACUGUUUGGAUACCUUCUCCAUGUAUAUAGUGUGAGAUUCCAAAGGGCAGAGAGACUGCAGGUUAGCUCCUGAGCACCACAGGGCUCGUCAUUCUUUUCUCUGCUGGUGCGUGGUCAGGCAAGGUUGUGAGGGGGCAAAUGGGACACAAGUGUGGGAGGAGGUCCCUGCCAGAUAUGCCUGAGUCUCCAGAAUGUGGUUGGUCAGGCUCCUGCUCCUUCUCCUUGGUGACUUGACUCAGGCAUUCCUUCCUGGGAUGCCCACAUUCUUGCCAUUCUCUGCCCACUUUCCAAGGGCUUUUGGAGGUUAGCAUUCAAGGCCAAUGGGUUCAAUGGGUCAGGAACCAGCCCUUGUUGUUCCUUUUGUGGGCAGUAGCCCUCAUUCCACCCUUCCCAGCCUCCCUCCCUCUUUCACAAGCAUCCAGGCUACGAGGAAUGACAGGACCAGAUGGCAACAGCAUCCAGAGUGAAUGAGAGGAGGGCAGAUCCUUCAUUAGGCAGGCAUGCUUUGAGAAAACCAAUCGUUUUCCCAAAGAAAACAUCCCUACUUCUUACAGUCAGUGAGCUGUUGGGACAGUGAUGGGAAAGUGGCUCCCCAAAAGAAUCAAGCCUGAUUCCCACCCCCCACCAACAGAAUCAAGGCUUCAUGGGCACCCUGGCAGGGGUGCUGUGUCUAUAUGGGGCCACUUCCCCCAGUCCAUCUUCCCAACACUUACAUUUGGUUAGAACUGGGGCUAGGCUUUGUGAACCCUAUACUGUGAGGGAGCAGGGACUCCUCGGGGAACCAUGGAGUCCAGCUAGGUUGGGACGCCUGGGAAUGUUCUUGCUCUGCUCAGGACAGCCAGGAUUGGCUCUGAAUCAUAUGGGGUGUGCCUAGCCUUCCUUGAGGCCAUGUCCUCUCUGUGUGCCCCUAGCCCCCUCCCCUGCCUGAACCCCUGGUUAUUCUGGGAGCUUUUAGCUACCACUUAGUCAGCCACUAAUGCGUCAGGCCGGGGAGUGAGGGGGGAGACACGGUGCCAGACGGUGCUCCUUUUAGACACACGGGAUGGAAAGGAAGCAGGGGGAGCCAGGAGGUGGGAGGUGGGGGAUGCCAGAGGAUGGGAGACAUUCCCACUCCUGGCCCUGCUCCUUGGUAGCAGGCAGUAAGGGAGGCUGAUGGGUAGUGGGUCAGUGUGUCCUUGGCUUAGCUGGGCCUAGCUGGGCCUCCCUUGCCCCACCACUGAGACCUAACCUGGAUUUUUCUUUCAUUAGUUCUCUAUCAGGUGGCAGCGGGUGGCCUCUGUCCUCUGUACCUACCACACAGUCAGCUUCCCCAUCUUGGUUCUCACUGUUUCCUCUGCGUGCGUAUCCCUUCCCAAUUCCUGGCCAGUCUAGUUUUUAUCUGUCUUUCCAUAUCUUUGGAUUCAUAAGACAGCAAAAAGAAAGUGUUUAAGGAUGUAAACACUGAGCCUAGCCCUUUUAAAGGUAGACUCCAUCUUGCUCAGCCCUUGACUAGACAGGGCCUUGAAUCUGUCCCUGCCCCUGGCCCAGCUUUCUCUGAGGUGAUCCUGGCCACGAGGACAUACUGCUGCCUUCACUUCCAGGCAGCCCUCCUGCCCAUAGCCCCCAGCCCCCGCUCCUGCUGACCUGAACAAAGCUUUCUUUCAUGUAUUCAUGGAGCUGCUGCUCUGACACUUCCUGGGUACAAUCAGGCCCUUUGAGGGCCUCGGGCAGUGCCGGAGCCCGGGCUGGGGCCGGGUGGAGAAUGGGCCAAGGUCUUGUCCUAGGGCUGAGCUGGUGCCAUCCUCUUCCUCCCCCAGUCCAUAACACAUCGCCAGGCACAGAUCUGGGGGGCGGGUCGGGAACUGGAGAGUCAUGGGCGGGCUGGUGAGAGUUGUGGGAGAGUUUAGGAGCUCCUGUUUGUUCUGCAUAAUGGGGCCAGUAGUCCCUGUCUUCCCCCACACUGACCUUGCCAGGGUUUGAGUGGAACAGGCUUGCAGAUUAGCGGAGUGCUACAUCUACUAGGCUGCUGACACUCUCCUCUGCCUUUAGUAGCGUCAGUGUCUUUUGGGAGCAGCCCUGAGCUCACUCCUGGGACCAUGUGCUUAGUGGACUUUGUGGUGUGGGUGCUUCAUAUCUACACUUCUGAGAAGAGCCAGGCACCCACCCCCCUUGGACUUUGUCCUUGAUGCCUCCACACUCAGGCCUGAAUCUUUUUCAGUACUGCGCUUCGACAGCCCUGCUACCUCCAAGACAAAGGCUCCAUCCAUGGUCUCUUUUGGUGCCUUUUUCUGCUUGAGUUGACUUGUACAUUAGCCUUGCCUGCCUUUCUCGGAGGCCUGAGAGUGUGACCUUGAUCUGGGUGCUUAGAGCUAAGGAAACUGGUGGAAGUGGCUAACAUGGCCUGUGAGUGUUUCUUUUCCUUGGCUUUGGGGCUGUGGGUUUCAGUAGCCCAACAUCCCCAGGUGCAGACAUGGACCUUUCCCCUGCCUCCUAGACUGGAUGUUCAGGAAGUAGAAGGGAAGGUGUGCUGCCUGGGGCCUGCUGCUCAGGUUGCUGCUUAGGCUAUGGGUGAAAGGAGAGCGGAGAGUCAGAGAGACCAAGUGUCUGACAGCUGCUGACCCCAACUUUACAGUUUUAUCCCAGCUGGAAGAAAGCUUGAGGACAGUGCCCAGCCACCAUUAAGCACCUCUGUCCAGACAGCAUCACAGAGCUGGACUCGCAGCCCCUGCCCUGCACAUCUGGAGCUGAUAAGAGGCAGCUUUGGGGUCUAGGGCAUAAGAGUUAGGGUGUCUGACCCCACCCCCACCUCAUUCCUGCCCACAUUGCUGUAUCAGGCUGUUUGUGUCGUGCCCCAGGAGAGCCAGGCCAGUCAGGGCAGCGGACUCAGCACUUCACUCUGUAGCCAGCCUGGCUCACAUCUCCAGGAAUGUUCUUGAGAACUGAUACUGUCUGGAUGAACCAAUCUGCCCUGCUUGCUGGUGUGACCUUGGGCCAGGCUUGUCCCCCAGGGGCCCUCUGCUUCCUCCUCUAAACAGUGAGCAAGGGCAGAGCAGAGAGGCAGAAUUUGAAUCCCUUGGCUGUGGAGAAGUGUGCAUUCAGGAAAGGGAGUGAAGGAAAGGGUGCAAUGCUGUAUGCUCUUGCCAUUCCUUGCCCCGGAUGGAUUCGGGAUCAGUAGGAAUGACUUAAGUGGCAGCAAGGAGGAUUUAGAACAGACUUUUAGGGCAGGUUUGUUUUUUCUUGGACUGGGUCAUGUCCUGUUUGGGUGAUACUGCCAAAUUAUCUGUCCCAAAGUUUGCAGCAGCUGACAAAACAGUGGUUAGACCAGAUUCCGGGGUGAGGCCCAGGCUAAUCAGAGGUGAGGGGACCGAGGCUAUGGUUGAGUGCCCAGGGCAUAGCCAUAGGCCAUCCCAUCCCUGUAAUUUAGUCCUGCAAUCAGGACAACCUCAACAAUGACCCUAGAGAUAGACAGCUUCUCUCUGGAGGUGGUGGCUGCAGACAGUUUCUUUUUUGGGUAACACUGCCCUGGUCAGCCCUUCUGCUGAAAGACAUAGUCUGUGUUUUUUGGAGGUCCCCUAUCCCAGAGUUGCUGGAACAGAGAGCUGAUUCUGAGCCCCAGAAGGAGCUGGCAUCUGGGUGGAUGAAACCAGGCUAGAGGUUAUCUUGGGAGACAGAGAGGAGUGUUGGUUUAGGGCCUGCUAGGCACCUGCUUUCAUGUGUUCUUGGGCUGUCUGUUCUUGACCUGUUUUCCCAACUGUAUAAUGGGAAGGAAUGGAUGUUAGAUGAAAUGGUGUCCACUAAGGGCCUGGGGUAAAGCAGGAGAGGUUGAAGACAACUUCUCAGAGGAAGAUUGGAGUUGUUAAUAAAAUGGUUGCCUGGGAACUCAAACUCUUAACUGGAGCUUAGAGGCCCUGCUGUACACUUCUGGUGAGACUGAGUGAGAUGGACCAGACUGUAGAUCCCCUCACAGUACAGAGCUGAUGGUCCUUCCCACACCUGCCCAACCCUUCAGGAAUAUGUGUAUGUUUGGGUCUGUUCUCCCUGGAAUCCCUAAAAUGCUCCUUGCUCUGAGAAAACACACAUUGUGGGGUGACCAUGGCUUUGGGUGUGGGCGGGUGGUUUCUGGAGCCCACCAGGGCAUUUUUUUACUUCUCAGGCUCACCUAAACCAGACCUUGUCUCUGAGCAUUGGUGCCCUGCACUUGGAGCAUUAGUUAGCCAGCAGGGUCUGUAUGCCCCUGGAAGCUCAAGGGUCCUUUUGUUCAGGGUGUUUUUCUCCUUCAUGCUGCACAGGGCAGGACCAUGUGGACUUUGGCCAGCCUGAGCCACACACCGUGCUUUUCCAUGAGCCGGGCAGCGUCUCUGUGUGGGUGGGUGGACGUGGCAAGGUCUACCUCUUCAACUUCCCUGAGGGCAAGAACGCCUCCAUGCGCACGGUGAACAUUGGCUCCACAAAGGGGUCCUGCCAGAACAAACAGGACUGUGAGAACUAUAUCACUCUUCUAGAGAGGAGGGGUAAUAGGCUGCUGGUCUGUGGCACCAAUGCCCGGAAGCCCAGCUGCUGGAACUUGGUGAAUGACAGUGUGGUAGUGUCACUUGGUGAGAUGAAAGGCUAUGCCCCCUUCAGCCCGGAUGAGAACUCCCUGGUUCUGUUUGAAGGGGAUGAAGUGUACUCUACCAUCCGGAAGCAGGAAUACAACGGGAAGAUCCCUCGGUUCCGCCGCAUCCGGGGCGAGAGCGAGCUGUAUACAAGUGAUACUGUCAUGCAGAACCCACAGUUCAUCAAGGCCACCAUUGUACACCAAGACCAAGCCUAUGAUGAUAAGAUCUACUACUUCUUCCGGGAAGACAAUCCUGACAAGAACCCAGAGGCCCCUCUCAAUGUUUCCCGAGUGGCCCAGUUGUGCAGGGGGGACCAGGGUGGUGAGAGUUCAUUGUCUGUCUCCAAGUGGAACACCUUCCUGAAAGCCAUGCUGGUGUGCAGUGACGCAGCCACCAACAGGAACUUCAAUCGGCUACAGGAUGUCUUCCUGCUCCCUGACCCCAGUGGUCAGUGGAGAGACACCAGGGUCUAUGGUGUCUUCUCCAACCCCUGGAACUACUCAGCUGUUUGUGUAUAUUCACUUGGUGACAUUGACAGAGUCUUCCGUACCUCUUCACUCAAGGGCUACCACAUGGGCCUUCCCAACCCUCGACCUGGCAUGUGCCUCCCAAAAAAGCAACCCAUACCCACAGAAACCUUCCAGGUAGCUGAUAGUCACCCAGAGGUAUCACAGAGGGUGGAGCCCAUGGGGCCACUGAAGACACCAUUGUUCCACUCUAAGUACCAUUACCAGAAAGUGGUCGUCCAUCGCAUGCAAGCCAGCAAUGGAGAGACCUUUCAUGUCCUUUACCUAACAACAGACAGGGGCACCAUUCAUAAGGUGGUGGAAUCAGGAGACCAGGAACACAGCUUUGUCUUCAACAUCAUGGAGAUCCAGCCCUUCCACCGUGCAGCUGCCAUCCAGGCCAUAUCAUUGGAUGCUGACCGGCGGAAGCUAUAUGUGAGCUCCCAGUGGGAAGUGAGCCAGGUACCCCUGGAUAUGUGUGAGGUCUACAGCGGGGGCUGCCAUGGCUGCCUCAUGUCCCGAGAUCCCUACUGCGGCUGGGACCAGGACCACUGCGUGUCUAUCUACAGUUCCCAACGGUCAGUGCUGCAGUCUAUUAACCCAGCUGAGCCACACAAAGAAUGUCCCAACCCUAAACCAGAUGAUGCUCCACUGCAGAAAGUUUCCCUGGCCCGAAACUCUCGAUACUACCUUACCUGCCCCAUGGAGUCCCGCCAUGCCACCUACUUAUGGCGCCACGAGGAGAAUGUGGAACAGAGCUGUGAGCCAGGACACCAAAGCCCUAGCUGCAUCCUUUUCAUUGAGAACCUCACAGCUCGUCAGUAUGGUCACUACCGCUGCGAGGCCCAAGAGGGCUCCUACCUCCGUGAGGCCCAGCACUGGGAGCUGUUGCCUGAGGACAGAGCCCUUGCCGAACAGCUAAUGGGUCGUGCUAGAGCCAUGGCGGCCUCCUUCUGGUUGGGAAUCCUGCCCACACUCAUACUUGGUCUGCUGGUUCACUAGGGCUUCUAGGAGCUUGGUGUACCCCAGGCUUCUGUAGCCCAGGAGUACUAGAAAAAUGUCACACUCACAGCCGGCCGGCCCGGGAGCUCCUUGUCCACUGAUUCUUCCAGGGGUACUAAAUAAUCCAGUGGGGGACAAAGGGCCUGGAGAUGUCCAGCCGCAGGCGGCUGCUGGGGCCCAGAUGGGGUAGGGACAGUGAGGGACUGCAAAAUGAAGGCACCGACUGUGAAGCUGGGCCAUCAGUGACCCAAGACUUUAUCUUCUCCAGAAUAUUUUUCAAAAUCUCCUCACACUUGACUUCAGGCAGUGAUGCAUCUGGCCUGAGAGCCCAACAGCCUGGCAGUGGGCUUUGGGAAGGAAGCUGGGACCCUAUUUCUGGACCUUGGGGCUGAAGGCCCGAGUCCUUUGGGACCACUGUGCCCACCUGCUUCCUUCCCUGCCCCACUGCUGGGUAGCCUGUGUUCCUGCAGACCCAGGCUGCUCCUCUGCACCUCCCUCACAGCCUGGGUCCCACCGGACAGCGCCUUGCAUGUUUAUUGAAGGAUGUUUGCUUUCCGGACGGAAGGACGGAAAAAGCUCUAUUUUUAUGUUAGGCUUAUUUCAUGUAUAGCUACUUCUGACUGCAUCUGUAUGAAAUU